AUGGAUGCCUUGCCAAAACUUGAAGAUGCUAGCAAUUCGAAUGGCAGAGACUUUUCUAAUGCCAAUGCUAGCACUCCUGUUUCGGAGGAGGUCUUCAGUAAGUUUUUUCAUGAUUUGAUUAACGAGGAUCACUUGUCUUCCGAUUCGCCCAUCGACCUAGUCGGUUGUUGUUCUCACUCCCAAUCAAACUCAUAUGACGUUGAAAAUGUUAUACCUCUCCCGUGGUUGAAAAUGCGUUCCAGCGAUAACACAAAUCACGUCUCCCCAAGCGCCCAAUUCCAACCUGCACCGUCGCGAUCGUUCUCAGACACGCCCAACCGGCCACCACUCAAAAAGCCUGCUCUGACUGCCCAUGAAACAAACAAGGCCACGUUAUCCUCCCGUCAAACCAUCUUCACUUCUCUCGAAGAAGCUCGUCAGAGUGUUCGGCGCGACAACAUCCAGUCAGACGAUACUACCUUGCCCUCGUCUCCGGAAGAGAUCCGGUCUUGCGUGACAAAACUCAAGAAAGCUUUCAAAUCCCUUCACAAUGCCACCGACAGCGAAGGAGUCAAGCGUUCCUUUAAAAAUUCCAACUACGAUGAGAGAAAGGUGGAACUUCUCUGCUGGGAGAUAUUGGUGAACUCAAGCUACUCCCCUUCCAAAUGUUUAUUCAUCAACUAA